GCAACAGUUUUAUUAAACUACAGGAACGUUUUCACUCACACAAAUACUACCUGUUAUCCACCAGGAGGCGCUGCCAACGUAACUACAAAAUACGCGCUUAGUUCUGAACUUGGCCCAGUGAGAGAACGACAACCGUUUACAGUUUUCGUCCUGUUUCGAAAUUCGGUGACCCCCCUCAACUAAGAAUGAUCCAAGGUUCUUUAAAUAAACUUUUUACCACUUCAUCUUUUUAUAGAAACUUUAAUUUUUUUGAAUCAACAUCACUUAAAGAAAGUGUUUUCAAAGCAGCCUUUUAAAGAUUUAAGAAAAAAGGUGUCGCUAUAAACGGAAGCUGUCGGGAGAUUUUCUACUAGCUGCGAUUGAAUUAAGAGGUGACUAAUUUUGAUGUCGACUUAUGAACUGCUUAUUCCACAAAAGAAGCUUCAAUUUAAUUUAAUUAUAGAAAAAAAAAUUGUAAGAAAUUUGCAUGUCAUAGAAAUAACAUGAAAAAUAACCGGCAUUAGAAUUUCCCAAGGCUGGUGAAAGACCAUUAGAAAUUUUUAUGUUAAAAGAAAUCACAGUAUUGUUUAUUUGCUUUUAAAGAUAAAAAAUGAUUUAUCACAUUCUAUUUUCCCUUCAUACAUAUUGAUUUUACUAGCCAUGAAUCUAAAGAGAAUAUAUUUCGAUUUAAUCACUUAAUGUUCGUCUUUCAUUAAGCAUCAAAAAUGGAAAACAUCAAAUUGAUUUAUGUUUUUGUGAGUGGCAUUUAAACAAUUCGAGAUGCUAAACGUGUCUGAUCAAGAAACAAACUGUAGGUUCCUCGAGAACCUCAACUGCAGUGGGAAAAACUGCUCUUUUUCCGUUGUAAGUUGCAACGAUACAAAUUGGACCAUGAUCGAGCCAAAUAUUAACGAUAUGGAACCAGACCCCGAAUAUGAAGCGUUUCAGUUAAACAGUCGCUUCUGGAUUCAGAGAGUUUUCGUACCCAUUAUCAUGACUAUCGGAGUGAUUGGUAACACUGUGACUGUGUUCAUAAUGACACAAAGGCGCAUGCGCAGCUCUACGAACUGGUAUUUAGCGGCCCUAGCCAUAUUCGACGUAACGUACUUAGUGUUCUCAUUCGCAUUAUCAUUGCAGCACUAUCCGCAUAUUCAUGAACAAGAAUACAAUUUUUAUUGGAUAUUGUGGCCUUACAUGCUUACAAUAACUGAUGUAUCGAGUAACUCUUCUGUGUGGAUAACCGUCACAUUCACUAUAGAGCGUUAUAUCGCUGUAUGUCAUCCCAUGAAAGGCAAAGUGAUAUGCACAGAAUCUAGAGCUAAGAAAAUGAUAAUGAUAGUUUUCAUCUUUUGUUUUUGUGUAACGUUGCCAACUGGAUUUGAAUGGAACACAAUUGAAGUUAUUGAUACAAUAACAAACACCACAAAAAUUCAAGUGGUGUAUUCAGACUUGGGAAACAAUCCCGUUUAUGUUCAGAUUUAUUAUUGGGUGAUCUCCGUUCUCUUCGUUUUUAUUCCCUUGUUCUUAUUGGCUGUUUUUAACGCAUUUCUAAUCAAAUCAGUUCAUUCUUCGAAAACGAGAAGGAAAACAAUGACCAGAAAGCGAGAAGGAGAAAGCCAAGCGAGACAAGAAAGCAAAAUAACUGUGAUGCUCAUUGCUGUAGUUAUUUUAUUUCUUGUGUGCCAGCUUCCGACAGCAAUCACCCUUCUUUAUAAAGCAUUCCAUCAUAUCAAAGACAGAAGCAAUGAAGAUCUUCUGUUGCGUGGUUUGGGCAAUAUAUUCAACUUUCUGGUAGCAGUCAAUGCCGCCGGAAACUUUGUUCUCUACUGUCUUUUGAGUCAAAAAUACCGAAGGACAUUCAUCCUGAUAUUUUGUCCUUGCUUGAAAAGUAGGUUGACAAGACUCCACUCUGUGUGUCAGAACACAGGAUACACAACCGUGGAUGGUGAAAGUCCAGCAGCUUCAAGAAAAUACAGUGUUCGUACCCCAGCAUUAUCAAAAACAUGGGAUGGAAACUCUACAGAUUUGUCACAACAGAAUAUGGGAAACAAGCAGUACCGCAGGCAGCAGUCAGCGCCAGCAACUUCUAUUCCCCGUCAACAGCAGUUAAGCUUUUCUAAAAAUGUUGCUGUCUUUUCUGCAGAUGACUCAUUUCGAUGUCAUGAAGAUACCAACGAUAAUAGAUUGUUGCGAGGGUUCCGCUAUCCUUGGACAAGAACCAAAGUGGCAUCCGGUGUUAAUGAAGAAGAUAGAACUGGCCAGUUUAUCCCCCUCAAAUCUCCAACCAAAGAUGUUGAUUAAACUUUAUAUCUGUCAGGGUAAGUCUGAAAUUAUCUGCAUAUUUCCUAGAAAACGAGUUCGGCUUAAGUAGUGACUGACUACUGGGAGAGCAGACUUGGGUAAGGGCAUAUCGGAAGAUCCCUGGAAAGUGUUUUAUUCCUCCAAUAUGAUUUUGAAUGAAGUAGCUAUAUUAUUAAAAUGCGAUAAUAGUAAAUAUAUUCUGGCAAAUGUUGGAAAAGUUUUAGAAACAUUGAAUUAAUGUUUGAAGUUUUGCCAAUAUUUAAGAGAGUUAAAUAUUGAUGCUAAUCUCCUUCAAUGUGUCUCGCCUCUUGAUUUUGUGCCAUAACUGUACACAAAGACAACAAAUGAUAAUCAAAUGUAUAUAUUAAGAAAGCCUACAUCCAAACUAGGGGGAAUCAGUUCCGUCACUGCUAGGCCGGAAGUGAUUACAGCCUAGGUGAAGUCCAGUCCAGGAGGAGUAGGAAGUAAGUUAUUCCUAGUAAAUAUCUGUCUAAUGGUAGACUAUCUUAAUAUAUAUGUUAAGUUUUCAUCGAUUUUCUUUACAUAAAGCACUGGCACGAAAUCAAGAUGGCUUUAUUUAAGUUGGGUACACUGUUGUGGAGAAGUUCUGACUAAAAUUGGAAGCGUUUCAAUAAAUAUUGAAAAGGUUAAUAUUGAAAGAGUUGCAAUAAACCUUGAGGAAGUUCAAAGAGAUAUUAUAUGAGUUUAAAUGAAUAUUGGAAGAGAUUGAAUAUAAAAUGAAAACUAUCAAUUAAUGGGAAGAGGAUUCCCGUAAAUAACGACAGACGGUAAUAGACGAAGGUAACGAUAAAAAAACUGCUUUACGUGACUGAAAAUAAUCACGAUAGCAUUAGUAUCUUUGUUCUGCUAAGGUACAUAUCGAUUGGUGAGGUAACACUACAAUGGUUCAGAGUGUUUUGUGGAAUCUUUCAAAUAUUCCAGCCUUAAUAAUGCUCUCCAACUGACUGCAAAGCAUUACUGACGCUAUUUAA